CGUUUAAUCCAUUAGAAGAAACGGAAAGAAUAAUUGCAGAGGCCAGGAUGAUGGAACUUCUCAAAAGCACAAGAUUUGUGCCGAAGCUUUACGGCGUGCUCCCAAACCCCCUAGAUCCACGGAAACUUUUAAUAGUAAUGGAAAUGGUCGGGUCUGGCGUAACUCUCCGAAACAAGCUCGUUGGAAAUUCCCUAAAUGAAAGACAGAAAUUGUCUAUAGCACUUCGUCUGGCCAUUGGACUCUAUAGUGUCCAUCUCAAACAUGUCCUAUUAAAUGACUUGAAAGAUGAUAACAUCAUCGUCUUUGGAUCAGAACUACAGGCUAAAUUCAUCGACUUCGGUCACGCCUCCUGCGGAUUUGAAAAGCGGUACACAGGCGAUACGUCAAGAAGUAUUCAUUUGGCGCCCGAGGUCAGAGAAGGCGAGCCCACCACCCCUUCAUCAGACAUUUACAGUCUUGGUUACGUUAUGGCACUGUUCCAUUUGGACUUGUUGGCAGAUCUUGUAAACCAAUGUAAAAGUCCAGACCCAGGCCAGCGACCAUCACUGCCAGUUAUUGUGAGGAUGCUUAGUGAUUUACUGUAGAUAACGGAUUAUAUCUUAUGUACAUGUGUUAUCUUUAUUCCACCUGCAAUCAGAAGUAUUUAUCAAACAUCCCACUUGAAACCAUAUCCUUUUUUCUUCUUUAAGUCUUACUUUUGAGUCUAAACAGUAGAGCAAGAGUUAAUUACAACCAAAUCCACGUGAACAUUAAAUUGCUAAACAGAGGUCGGAGGAACAGCAUCAUCGGCAUUUAUCAAUGACAAAAACUCCUUUGGAACAGCCACGGAAGCAAGAAGGGCCAAUGACACCAUAAAGAACAUGAGUGAAGAAUGCGUCUCUGGGAACAUUAAAAAUCUAAAAAGUAAGGCAUCACCGGCACAAUCAAGGGAAACUCUUCGCGAUCAUUUCAUUAUUGAACAGAAAGAAUCAAAGGUUAAAUAUUGAACAACUCCCAGGUUUGUCGCCUUUCAUAAACAGCUCUCUUGAGGGACAUUCUGAGACUGAAAAUUGAGGGAUUAGUGGCAAAUUAAUGAACAUUUAUUUGGGAACAUUCCAGUGUUGAAAAAGCGGAGACAGUUGUGCAAUUAUGAAGAUAACAGGAUACAAGAGACACAUUUAUCAAAAGCCCUUCGGUAACAUUCCGUAAACAGGAUGCUGAACUCUUACGAUACUGAAACAGACUGGCCAGACUAACAAUCAAUCCUUAAGGACUAUUCUAAUGCUGCAAACAAGGAGGAACAGUGGCAAUGUAUAGUUAUAACGUCCACAACAAUUUCGGGAUAUUUAUACGCUACAAAGAAAGGAUAGCGGCACAAACAUGAACUGUUUAUUGGGAACAUUCCGAUGUUUCUUAGACGGAUUAAUGUCACAAUCAGGAACAGCUCUAGCGAAACAUUCUGAUACUAAAAUUAAAAGGAUCAGAUGCAUAAUUAUCAUACACAGUCUUCUUUGGACAUUCCGAUGAUUUAAAUGAAGAGAUAGUGGCAAAAUGAUGGACAGCUCUUUGGAAACAUCAAGUCGCUGAAAUUAAAGAGAUCAUCGAUCAAAUAGUGAAAUGAAGGGAACACAGUGUCACAACCAUGAAUAAUCUUCAGCUCUUUUGAACCCUUCUGAUACUGAAAAAAAGACAUUUGUAGUAAAAAAAAUAAACAGCUUCUUCGCAACAUUACUAAAAUGAAAAGAAGGGGUCAGAGACAGAGCCGUUUACAACCAGUCAGGAACAUUCCGAUACUGAGAAGGAAGUAAUCACUGUCCUUAUCCCGAAUUGCGCUUGCAAGCCUUCCGACACGGAAAAGGACGAUAUCAUUGGUACAAUCCCAGAAGCAUCUUUUGGAACAUUUUGACGGUGAAAAAGAAAGUUCAGUGGCCUUACCAGAUUUUUUAUAAUUCUUCAUUGCUCAAAGGGCAAUUGUUAGCCUCUCCUUGGGAUCCUCAAACACCUAAACGAAGUGAUCAAUUGUGCAAUUCUAAAGAGCUCUUUGGGAACAUACAAGUGAUAUCAAGAAGUUGUCAAAAUACGUCCAUCCCAACGCUAAAAUUGGUGAUCAAUAACAAUGAAUGGCAGUUCCUUUGGAACAUUCCACUGUAAAAAAAGAAGGAAUGAAUGACACAAUCAAUGGCAGCUCAUUUGGAACAUUCAACAGCAAAGUUGAAGGGAUCACAAUGGCACAAUCAGUGGCAACUCCUUUGGAAUAACCCUUUGCAAAAAACAAAAACAAUGAAGAAAUCAAUGACAUAAUCAAUGGCAGCUCCGUUGGAACCUACCUUCCACUGAAAAAAAGAAGGGAUCAAGGACACAAUCAAUGGCAGCUGCGUUAGAACAUUCCACUGCAAAACAUAAGGGAACAGUUACAAUCAAUGGCAGCUGCGUUGGAACAUUAUAUUGAAAAAAUAGAUGGGAUCACAAUGCCACAAUAAAAGAUAGCUCUUUGGAACAUUCCACUGCAAAAUAGAAGGGAUCAAUGACACAAUCAAUGGCAGCUCCGCUGGCACAUUCCACUCCAAAAAAAGAAGGGAUGAAUGAGAGUCAAUAGCAAGCUCUUUGGAACAUUCCACUCCAAAAAAAGGGAUCACUGAAACAAUCAAUGGCAGUUCCUUUGGAUCAUUCCAAUCAAAUGAAAAAAAGAAGGAAUUAAUUACAAUGAAUGGCAACUGUCUUGGCACAUUCCACUGCAAAACUUAAGGGAAUAAUUACAAUCAAUGACAGCUCCUUUGGGAUAUUCCACCUAAAGGGAUCAAUGACACAACCGAUGGUAGCUCCUUUGGAACAUUCCACUCCAAAAAACAAGUAAUUAAUUACAAACAAUGGAAAGCUCUUUGGAACAUUUCACUGCGAAACAGGGGAUCACUGGCACAUUCAAUGGCAGCUCCUUUGGGAUAUUCCACUGCAUAAAAAGAAAGGAUCAAUUUUAAUCAAUAGAAGCUCCUUUGAAACAUUCCACUGUAAAAAAAAAAAGAAGAAAUAUAUGCCAUAGUCAAUGGCAGCUUCUUUGGAACAUUCUACUGCAAAACAGAAGGGAUCAAUGACACGAUCAAUGUCAGCGCCUUGGGAACGUUCCGAUAAUUAAAAUAAAAAGGUCAGCAAGGGUCAUCGAGAUAAUAUGGUACAUCAUUAUUGCGAUUUCUUCAAGUCCGAGCGCAGGAAUUGUCCAAAAAACAUUAGAUCUACUUGUUUACACAGCAAUCAAUUGUGCAGGACUUUGUAAACAUAUUAAUGCUUUUCUUAUUUAUAUUAUGUAAUUAUAUUGUACAAUUGAUAAGCUAGUAGCAAUUAAUACCACUCUAAUUAACAGCAACAGUUUUUGUGCAUCUUUUAAAGCGAAGGAAAUUGUUUCAAUUUUAUUUUAUUUUAUUCUGUUUACUAAAAAUGAUUGUUUUAUUGUAAUUUUAAAAGCAUUUGUCCGACUUUCAAACGUAGUAACACUUCAAACAAUAAGGGGUGUGGUUUACUUCCACGGGUGGGUGUGGCAUACCGUGCUGUACAGAACAGGAUACGAUCCUCUGGCACACUGUGAAAAGUUGUAAGAUCGUAAGUCACUGGCGUGGAUGGAAUAAGUCCGUAAACUUGGCCUGCUGUACAUCAGAGAUUGUCACAGAAAUAUUUAUAAUAAUGGGUAAAUUCGAUGUGAUAUUUUAUUUUUGGAAGAUUUUAAGAGAUUCAAUGACAUUUUCGAAACAUGUUAAAGUUUCUUUAUCUAGAAAUAACUAGUUAGUUAGAGCUCCUUUGAGACUGUUUGAAUCCUGAGGCACCAGGAAUGUCCGAAAUACUUCAGUAUUUUUUUGUAAGAAAUUGUCAGUAUUUUUUGUCAGAAAUAAUUUAAUGUUGUAUUAUUUACAUUGGUCCAAAUUUUUGAAUACUUUCAUUGCCGAGAUAUUUUUUUAUUUCUAAUUAUACGAUUGAUAGAGCUAAAUGCUACUUUAAUUCAACACCGUUCAUUUUGCGAAAUAUACAUUAUACAUCUAUACUAAAAGAACUGA